UAUGGGCGCGGACUAAGGUCUAGUCACAGAGAAGGGGAUGUGGGAAUAAUUUUUCACUCCUAAUGCUCUCACCCUUUUCGGACUAUUAUCGGAUGAAGCAUCCUCCGGUUAACGAGUUUUGUUUAUGUUUCGCGUUUUGUUUAACAGGCGACUUUUUAAAAUAGGAAUUUAAAGCUAGGAAAGAUUCAUAAUUUUGUGAUAGUUGUAUUCGCAAUUGCCCUUUCUUUAAAUGAUUUUUUGUCGUAUUUUAAUAUAAAAUCCUAAAUUACUGACAUGUAAAAUAUUUUUACGUCAAUAAUUCAUAUAAGUUAAAAAGAUUUUUUUUUGAACCAUUUAUCUUCACAAUGACUUUUUACCAUCAAACACUUUACGAAGCCACUAAUAUACAUCAAAUAACAGUAGGCAAUUUUCUUGAUGAAAAGAAAGAAGACAUCGUUAUAUGUACUGGGAGAGUUUUAAAAUUAAAGAGGUUUGAAGCACGCUAUGCUAUGUUUCAAACCUUAAUAUCUUUGGAUACUCAUGAUACUAUUUGUGCCUUGGGGAAAUUUCGCAGGGAAAGGCAAUCCAAAGAUUCAAUAGUGGUUUUAGCAGAGAGGAGAGUUGCAAUGAUUUUAGUUGUUAAUGCUGAAAAAAUGGCAUUUGAGCGGAUUGUUGAGGAAAAGUUUAAUACUGACAUACCAAGAAGAUUGCCUCUAUAUUAUUUGGCUUUUGAUUCUCAAAUGCGUGCUUUUUGUACAGCUACAAUGGAAGCAGCAAUACAGUUAUGGACUUUUAAUGGUGAAGACGACAGCAAGCUGACUUAUUUGGAAUUUUCUGAAGACAUUACUGUUAUUUUUGACAUAGCUUUUGUGGAUGAUAACUCAGAAAAUUUUAUUAUUGUAUAUUUAGGAGCUUCUUAUCAGAUCGGGAUUGGAAAGAGACCGGAUUGCAAGCUGGUUUUCUUUGACGUUAGUAAAGAUGGAGAAGAAGGAGAAAGAAAUUCCAUAUUUAUAGAUCAUGCCAAUGCUCUUAUACCAGUUCCUGGUCAAAAGGGUGUACUGGUUUGUUCAGAAAAUUUUCUUACUUACUAUCCUGUGAAUCUAGCAGAUGGUAUUGUUCGUUGUUCUGUUCCCUUAAGAAUGACUGAUCCUCUAAUGACUAAUAUCUUUGUGUGUUUUACGAAAUACAAAGAACAGACAGAUUUUAAUCUGAAUGAACCAUCUACAUCUUAUGCAUCUUCUAAAAGGUCCAUUUACUACUUUGCUCAGACUGAACAAGGAGAUAUCUUCAAAAUCCAGGUUGUUGUCUAUGAGGAUAAAGUGAGGGAAAUAGUACUAAAAUACUUUAUCACCCUUCCUCUUGCAACUGCAUUAUGUGUUUUACAAGGUGAAUUCCUCCUUGUCAUUUCUGAAUUUCUUUCCAGUUAUGUUUACAAAAUUGAUGAUAUAGAAAUGUAUGCAAGGGACCAUAGUUGUUUCAGUAGUUCCUUAACUCUCCCAAAAGGCAAACAUUUCUUUUUCCUGCAUCGCACGCUCGAUAUUUUACCAGUAUCUGAAAUAAAGAGUAUAUCUCCCAUCAUGCAAAUGGAUCUUUCACCUUGUUCAGCCAGGAAAUAUCAAUUGUGUUUGGCAAGUGGUCGAGGAUCUUUAUCUCAUUUAACGAUCUCUGGGCGAGAUGUUAUUUAUCAAUUUUGUGCAAAAAUAGAAAAGGAAAGCAAGCAGAGACCUAUAUGUAUGUGGGCCAUAGAAAGUACACCAAGUAUCAGUAAGGAAGCAGAAACACUCAUAGUUAUAUCUUUUCUAAAGACAACUGCUGUAUACACUGUUAAAAAAAAUUCAACACUUUUUAGAAAAAAGGGAAAAGAAGAAGUACUGUUGGCUUUAAAUACAAAUACCUUAUACUGUGCAAAGACUGGUGAAGAUGCUAUUAUUCAGAUUUGCCCUAAAGGGAUCUGUGUCAUCACAGCAAAAAAGAAUUAUCUUGUUCUCCCAACUAGAUUUGAGGUUAUUCAAGCUUGCACAAUGAACAAGCAAUCUCUCAUUUUAGCUUUUAGAGACAGAUUUUUGGAACAUCAUAAAAUUGACAAUCAUGGUUGUAUACUGAAUUCCGAAAUUCCCAGAGUGGGAGUAAGUGGAAUUAUCACUUGUUUGCUUUUAUCUGCCAGUAGUGGAAAUGACCAGCUAUUGGCAGUUGGCCUUCGCACUUCCAUUCCUGGAAAUAGAAAAUGUAAAUUGUAUGAAAUUCAUUUAUUUAACGUUUUUCCAGCAAUGAGACAUCUGUGCAAGCUGAGUGUGGAAAGUUCUCCUUAUUCUUUUUGUUUUAUGAAUAUAGAUCCUAAUCAACCAUCUUUCUUGGUUGGUUGUCAGAAUGGAAAGGUGCUUACUGUUGUUAUGGAAAAGAUACAUAGCCGUCGUGAACUUAAUAUAAUAAAGACUGAAGCCGUUGGCACAAGAGCUGUGCUAUUACUUCCAGUGUGUGCUGAUGGGAAACAAAGUAUUCUAGCAAAAUCCGAUGAUUCUUGGUGCAAAGCAACUGUGGAUGAGGAUUUUACUCAAAUAAGAGCAGAACUUUCUCGUUGCAUUUGUUUUAUACCGAAGCUUGAAAGUAUAGCAACAAUUUCUGAUGACUUAUUGAGGUUCAUUGAAGUGGAAAAUCUCACUCAUCAACGUAAAACUCAAAUUAAAGUCCCAUUGGAAUAUACUCCUAAGAAAUUGGUUACUGAUCCUCUUUCUGGAACUAUUAUCAUCACUCUAAGUGAUAAUAACAGUUACACUGAAGAAACAAGAGAGGAAAAGAGAAUGGAACUUGAAAUGUAUAAAGCUGCGGCUGAAAACCCACAUUCCCCACGUGCUCCUGCUGUUAAGAAGAUUCCAAAAUCAUGGGCUUCAAUUGUACGAGUUUUAAAAGUUCAUGAGGGAAAUCUGAAAGAAGGUGCUGAAGUACAUUUCAAACAACGCAACACAGCUUUGAGUCUUUGUUAUUUUAAACAAGGCGAAGAUAAUUUCCUUUUGGUGGGAUUGGUUAAAGAUUUUAGUACUUAUGGAUGCUGUGCAGAAGGAGCAAUACAAACAUUCCAAAUUUUGGAGGAUGAUGAAAUUAUCAAAUAUUUACACACAACACUUACAAAAAGUGCUCCUUCAGCUAUGUGCUAUUAUGACAAAAAAGUCUUAAUUGGAAUUGGAAGGAAACUUGCACUUUUUUCUGUAAGGCUCAAUGGAUUACAGCUAGUGUGUGAGGAAAAGGAAUGUGUGUUCCGAGCUAUAACAGCCAUAUAUCCUGUUGAUGAAAGAAUUUGGGUCAGUGAUUCGAAAUGUGGCAUGAGUUGUUUAUUGUAUGGACCGAAGAAAACUUUAAUCCAUAUUAAAAAAAAAGAUAAGUUCAGGAAAAGGGCCUUGCAUUUAUUAGAAAAAGAUAUAAAACCUUGUGAAGUAACAGCAGCCUGUAUUUUAAGUGGUGAUCGAAUGGUCCGAGCUACCAAAUACGGAAACAUUUUUAUAGUUCAACUUGGGACUUUGCAGGCCAGAAAGAAGUCUACGGUGUCUAACAAAAAUAAUCCUUUCAUUACAAUUCCACUAAUUCAACGCGAGACUUUGCCAGCCACAAUUUUGAGAAAAAGGAGACGUAUGUCUACACUUUCCCAAGAAGAAGUGCUUGCUUGUAUUUAUAUUGGAGAAAUUGUGACAUCCAUACAGACAUUUAAAUUUUCAAGUAAUUUAUAUGAAACUGUGGUGUAUGCAACUCUCGCAGGAUCUGUUGGAAUCUUAUCAGAACUUAAAUUGGAAAAGGAUGCAAGUUUUUUGGCCUCUGUAUAUAAAGCUAUGUUGAUGGGGACAAAAGCAAUUGAAGAAAGCAGCACCAAUUUUCUUAGCUCACAUUCACAGUUUCGUUCGAAAUAUCAUCAGUGCAAGAAUAUGAUUGAUGGAGAUUUUCUUGCUCAUUUUGUAAAAUUGGAGGAAGAAUUUCAAACUUAUGUUCAAAAUCAAGUCAAAGCAAGCCCUCGUCAGAUAACAGCUAAAAUUGAAAGCGUAAGAAGAGACUGCUUGCUAGAUUUUCCAUUUUAAAUUUUAUCAAUUUUGAUUUUAAAUCAGUUAUGUUUUAAUAUUAUAUUUUAAACAAUGUUAUUUGUCUCUGUUCAUGCAUUGAGGCACUAUCCUUUUUUAGCAUGUUUAUUUUAUUUCUUUAUUCUGUCAACAUAAGAAAAAAAAAUCAUUUAAUUUCAUCUGUAUUCAUUUUGUAAGAUUUCCUUGCACAAACUCUAUGCUCUGGUUUUUCAAACUUGUCAUUAGUGGUGUAAAGUUUUGGAUUAAACAAUUACUCAUAAAAUGCUACCUGACAGGAAUGAGUAUGAAGCAAUUGCCAGUUGUUUUUUCAGAAGGGAACUUAUUAUUUGCCUGUUAAAAUAAUACUCAAACAGUGCAAAUCAAGAGUUAAAAUAUACAGCAUUAUUCAGUAAAAAAUUAUUUUUCUGUUUUCAACUAAUGAAAUAUAACUCCUGAAUUAUUAUUACAAAAGCUUCAUUAAAACAUUUCUUCAGUAUUUUUCCCAUGAAGAGAAUGGGAGAAUUCUAUGAUGAGGAGAUGAGAUCUGCAAAUAAGCAGAUUCUUGCUUCACUGGUAUAUAAACAGGGAUGUGAGAUUAAGUUACCUCCAUUCUAAUGUCAGAACAUACCCCUUAUUGAGAGAGUUGGACUUUGGCAUGAGAUUGCCUUUAGGAUGCUAUCCUCAGUUUUCACUGUUUCCUUAUAACCAAAAACUAUGGGGAUAAUUCCUUCAUGAUAUAUAUGAGCUAAAUUUGAAAUCAAUGCAACAAAUAUUCAUAGCAGAAGUUGUCACAUAUCAAAUCAGUUGUUACAACUUGUAUAAACUUGUAUGAAUAAAAGAUUCAAUUAAUAUUAGCAGUCGACAGAAUCCUCACACAAAAUCUUUCUGCUAUCUGCAACUUUGAGUUAAAGAGAGAAAAAUCUGUAGCAUCAUAGAAUUUCAAAAUUUCAUGGCUUCUUGAAAGAUUUCUAAUAAUCCCAAGUAAUUUUUAAUAAUUACAUUUUUUCAUAAGUAUUAAUAAUUUUUUUUAAAUUAGUAUAUAAAUAUUUUUAGCAAUUCAAAGAUUUAAUUGCAACAUAAAAUAGAAAGGUAGCCAUUUUGAAUGGUGAAUUUAAACCUCUUGCCACCAUUUAAAGCAGUAUUCCAAAUUUUGAAUACAUUUUUAUGUAGUAAAAACCUUUAAAUUUUCAAUUUAAAGAGACAUUUUUACAUAUGAUUAAUAUGAUAAACAAAAUCAUAUUUAAAUAUCUUUUUUUUUUUUUUUGUCUAUUUUAAAUUCAAUUUACUGAUAAAUGUGGGUUGCGAGUUUUAGAUUUGUUUGAUUAGAAACAUAGUUUUUAUUUAAUAAAUUGUCAAGAAAUCUUCCUUUUACUUCAUAGUAUUUGUAAGAAAAACUGAAAAUUUAUUUAUUUAUUUGGAAUUUUGUAGUAUACAAAUUUUUUUAACAUUCAUGUUUUAUUUAUAUGGAUUCUUAUUAAUUAAUUUCUAUUAAUUAAAAUUAUAAUUAUUUCUUCUAAAUUAAGAAAGAAAAUUUGAUCUAAUAUUCCACAUAAUUGGCUGUGACUUAAUUUUUUUACAAAAAAUAUACAUUAUAAAAUGGUCUGCUGCUUGACUCAUUACUAUUACUCAUUUUCAGUAAAAAGUAUGAAUAGGGUGUUAGGAGUGUCUAGAGUCCUUGUUAAUCCAUGUUCUCAUACUGGAGAUAUACAUGUCAUUGAUGUAUAUAUACUUGAUAUCGAGAUACAAACAUUAGCACGUAGACUCUGCUACAGUUCAUAAGAAUUGAUGACUGUACUCAGUGCUAAUAAAAUUUAUCUCUUUGUUAAAAAUGUAAAUAAAUUAUGAAUAGUUUCCUUACUCUUUCUAAAUUAUAAGUUUUUUCAAAUCAGCUAAAGGUGUUAUAUUAUGUGCUGUAUUUAUUAUAAGUGAAAAAUUUGUGACUCUCAUUAAUUGUAAAAGUACAAUUUUUUAAUAGCUUGAUGCCCAUAUUAUGCCACGAGUAAGAUUGUCUAGUUAAGCCACAGGUUCUGUGUUAUUUUUUUUAGAAAAGUAAAUGCUGGUAUAAACAAUUAAAAACUGGAAAUUCUGAUUUUCUCCAAAUUCUCCUAAAAUUUAGGCCUUUGCUGUAAAUCUAUAUGUUGAUCUCGUUUCCACCAAUAUAUACACGUUUUGAUAAAUUUUAUCAUUAUGUUUCUAAAAAUAAUAUUGCAAAUGAAAAUAUUUCUAGAGGUUAUGAAAUCAAUCUAGCUAUUUUCCCCAUAGAAACAUAUUAUUUCCAACUUUUUAAAGCAAUUUGUGUUUUUAGAAUAAUUUUAUAUUUUUUUCUAUUAGACAAAGUAAUUUUAGAUUGCUUGGACUUUGAUAAAAGGCUUUCAUUUCUAAAGAUCACAAAUUUUGUAUUCACUUUUAUAGUUUUUAUCUCAUAAAAUUUGGACUGUAAAAAAUAUUUUUUUCUCCCAAUAGGAGUAAUUUAAUUACUCCUAUUGGGGAAAUUUUAAUUUAAUUUAAUUUCAAAAAGAAAAAAAAAAGGAGGGACGACAAAGUUUUAUUAAUGAGGUUUGAAUAAACUGUUUACAAGGCUUAUCCACUUUUAAUUGGCUUUCAAACUAUUAAUGUAUUAAAUCAUCUGAAUUUUUCAAAUUUUAUAUCAAUAUUUUGUUUACAAUCUAAAAUUACGAAUGAGACUUUUUUUAAAAAUAAUUAUUUAUUUCAUUUAUUGGCUCUAUAGUACUACUGAAAGCAUGGUGAAGAAUUUUCAUUAGUAAGUAUGCUUUCAGACAAUUCAGAAUUUUUAAGUAUUGACACACCUGAUUAUCUGAUAAAAUUGGAGAACAGCAUUAAAGAAAAGGUAGGUAAAUUGUAAAUUGUACUUUGAAAUAUUUGACGACUUAAGUCUUAUCUAUGCCCUAAUUUCCAGGUGAUAAAUGUUUAUAUAAACUGUUUGUAGUUAGUCUUUUGCAUAAAUGGUUAUUAUCCCUUGAUUCUGCAAAUGUAUUCAUUUUGCUUUACUGCCACCACCUCUCAAAUUUUAUAAUAAUUCGAGCAUGGAAAGAAGAUGCAAAAUUACCCACUGGUAGCAGACAUAUAUAUUCUUAAUGUUAAAAAAUGAGUAAGUCCUGAGAAAUCUUUAAUUUUAUGCAUUUAUAUUUACUAGCUUGAAUCGCCAAAUAACUUUGCAUAUAAUAUUUGAAAAUAAAUGUUUUUUUGUAGAAUAGGAAUGUCUAUAGAUGUUUGCAUAUAUUUACUGCAUACUGUGAAUUUUGAAUUCUUUUACAUUAUAGUAGAUAUAGAUUUUUAUCUCCCCUCCCGCCUAUUUCAUGUAUAAAAGGAAUAUUUGUCGCAAAAAAUCAUUUUUGAAAAUUUUUACACGUUUGAUAAUAAAAAUAGAGUGGAAGGAUCUCAUUGCUGCUAUUCUUUAAAAAAUGAGAUGCUUGGAUGAUUCCUAUUCAAAAAUGGAUCUCGCCCAUUUGUGGUAUUUUCCUAAUCUUCCAGUAAAAGUUAAUUAACAACAUCUUGAUUAAAUAAAAAUUAGCCCUUCCGCUGAUGUGAUAUGGAAGUUUGGAGCGGGAGUGCUAUCUCAGGUGUCGACCUCGUCAUCUGACCGCGGUUCAAAAUCACGAGGUCCGUCCCAAAAUAACCCUAGUGUUGCUUUAAAACGGGACGUUAAUAUAACUAAAGCUAAAUAAAAAUUAGGAAAAUCAUUAUCUAGAGUUCAUGAGAAAAUAUUCGAUUUUCUACAAUUUUCAUUGAUGCCGAUUGAAAACGUCUGGUUGUAUAGCAUUGCCACAGUCAUUUUAAAUUGCAUAUUAUAAGCGACAUUUUUAAUUCAUUGAUCGCCUACCACGAGGUCAUAGAUUUUUUUUUAAUUGAAAGUGGAGAGAACGAAUGUUUCAGACUGUUUUCCCUUUUGGGGUUAUUUUAAAGAUAAAUUUAUCAAAGAAAAUUUCCAGUUCAAAUGACCACAUUGAAGUAAACAUUGUUAAUGUCUUUAAUAGCUUUCACGUGUUGAUAUUUUGUCAAGUAGAAUUUAUAACUGUGUCGUAGUUUUAAAGCAUUCAUUCCAGAAUUUCAUCAAUGUAUUGUCUAGUUUUAAGCAAAUAUUUGUGAUGUAAAAUCUUGUCUUAUAACCUGUA